CUUUGCCGAUACUAGCUAGUACCCAAAUGAGGUUCCUGUUCCUCAUCAUUGGGAUCGUUGUCUAUCUGGCUUUAUCAUGGGAACAUGCGUACACACGGAGCGUCUCUCUCUAUUCUGGGAAAGUUCUAACUCUGGCCAAUCUUACUACCGAGGCCGUGAACGGCCACCAUCAUGCCCUGACCAUUCGCACUGCCAUGUCACAGGCAGACGUUGCAUCUCAUCAAGCUCCGGUUCUUUUGAUUCUUCAUGGUGGACCUGCUUGGUCCGAUAUUCCAUUUCUCUAUGGCAGUGACUAUCUGCUAGAGGAGCACUUUAUUGUGGUACACUACGACCAACGAUCGGCAGGAAAGUCAUGUCGAUACUACGGCAACAGCAGCAACAACAACUUUGCGAGCCACAACAAUUUGACCAUUCAACAACAUGUGGACGAUGCCGUGGCAAUUGUACAAUACUUGCAAAAGAAGUUUCAUCAAGAAAAAGUCUACUUGAUGGGUGGAAGUUGGGGCUCUGUCUUGUCGCUGUUGGCCGCCAAACAGCAGCCCGAUUUAUUCCACUUUGUGGCCGUCCAUGGGACGUUGGUCAAUGGACUCUCCAACGAGCUCAUCAGUCGAGAAUUCAUUCUGCAUCAAUUUCCGACGGCCAACAUUCCAAUGCCGCCCUACAAGUCCGUCGACGAACUGGUGCUGCAGCGUCAAUGGCUCAACCGGGCUGGGGGGGUCUUUUACAAGGAUCCGCUUCCAGCCACCGUCACGCGCUACAUUCCACAAUUGCGUUUUCGGUCACAAUUGCUCUACUAUGCCGUACAUCUUCUCUUGGCACCCGAGUUUUCUUGGGGAGACAAGCUUCGGUUUGGAAGGUGUUACCGAGAGACAUGCGCAAUUGAUGGAGGAAUUACUUGUGAAAUACGAUGCCUACAGAGCAAUAGAAGGCAAGUUAGAGGUUCCUAUUUUGUUCCUUCAUGGCCGUUAUGAUCGCAUGGUGGUGCUCGACCUGGUGGAUGGUUUUUUCAAUUCAAUUCAGGCACCCUGGAAGCGGUUGGUGUGGAUGGAAGAAAGCGGUCACUUUCCAGAUCGAGAAGAACCGGCGCUGUUUCAAAGGAUUAUUUUGGAUACUUUCUUGCAGCAAGACAGAGUCAAGGAAGAAGCGAGCAAAGUGAACAGGGACAACUUUGAAGAGAAAACGUGUUCGUGGGAUGAAGCUAAAAGACUUGCAUACAGGCUGAUUGAAUGAUGGUUGGCUGACAAUCUACCGGUAUCUACAGAUGAUGAAGUUGUUGUGGUCCUUGCACGCUGUGAUCGCGUCGCGUCUUACCCGAGUGUGGUGACUUUCCAUUCGGAUUCUGUUACGGGUAUACCCCACUGCACCAACAUCCACAAUGCUGCAUCUUCAUCAUAUUCCUUCCCAAUGGCAGCAUAGCUAAACAGCAAUUCUUGCCCCGCUGGCACGUCCUUCAAAGCAUAAAUCUCCAUGGAAGUUUCAUCUUCGGAAAAGGCCAGCCCCAAGUUGGGCUCGAAAGAGUGGUUGAUCAUGUCAUGAAACGGGACCACAGCAACGAUUUCCUCGGCCACACCGAUGGUUCGAGAACAGAGUGUUGUGUACAUGGAUACUGCUUCUUUGGCAUCGGCGUUGUUACUAAGAAAUUGUCGAUGAUGCUCCCACUGUUCCACGCGAAUCGUUAGAGCCGCCAAGAUCUUGUACAAGGGCAUAAGGGGAACCAUCGUGCUGAGUUCCCCUGCCGUGGCUUCGAGCGCUGCUGGAUUAUCUCGACUGGCUUUUCCACUUUCAAACAGUUUCAACACGGGAUCAUCACGAUUCCAUUGACGAAUCCAAGUUGCAAAAACAUGAUCUGUUUCCACCGCAGUCAGGGCAUAUUCCGUGAGCUCGGCUUGCCAUGGAAUCUCCUCUUGGUCUGAUGAAGCCUUUCUUCGAAACACUCGACGCAGCAAUCUUGAAAACCACUUUCUUGGUUUCUUCUCGCUGUUUUUGUUGUCCUCGCACUGUUGGAUUUGCUGAGCUCGCUCCUUGAGUGCGGUGGCCGUCUGUGGGAACAUAUUGGCGGCAUUUUGAGGAUGAAACAUGGUGUAGGUUGGAAUCACAGCAACAAUCUCAUCCUUGGCAACAGGAUUGACGGCAAAGACGCCUCUUCCAGCGACGCUUGCGGAUGUUGUGAGAACUUUUGCCGAAGGAUUAAUGCCAAUAUUCAGCUCGUCACACCAUUUGUGCAGUGCCUCAUCGGUUGGAGACUGCUUUGGGAGAACUGCUGUCAAAGCCCACGUCGGCCUCGUCCAAAACGAAAGGACAGCAGUGACGAAAAGAUACAACAAUGGUACCAGUACCAGGCGCAACAUGAUAAUACUCUCUCAAUUGACGGUUGUUGUUUGAAGUGUUGUCGAUUGUCGAGACCUUGGAGGCAAGUAAGUGGAAAGUGGACAAUCGCGGACAGUCCCGCUGGCCACCACUCAGGCAGGCUUUUGCGUGACUGACGUCAGAUCGAAAUAUCAGGGUUCGGGCUCUGGCUCUGACGGCCCACAGAUCACUAGCUAGCUAGUAGUAGUAAUCACCACCGUACUGGCUGGCCAUGCACCCUUGCCGCAGAUCCGGACGUAGGUGGGGGGUUGUGUCGACCUUUCCACCACCGGAACCGAAAGAACACGUUCAGGUCAAUCCUUGCUAUUGGUGGCUGCGACAGUUUGUCUUUCGAGGGGUCACAAUGUGCGAAUGAAUAGGGGUAGUCAAUAAGUGCAUUGCCCGUCAGGUUUAUAGUUUCUUGAUGAUGGUCAAGGUAGGCAGCUAGCUACCGGAAGCUACAAAUCAGUCUCGUAGUGUCCACUCUGAUGCUCCAGGCUCGAGCUGAUGCGCCCAGCUGAAACAAAGAGGCUGUUAUCUCUUCAAAAUGGUUCCGAGGUACCGGUACCUUGGCUUCGUCCCAAGAGUUUUGACUUCGCUUGUAGCAGGCAGAUGGAACAGUGUUCACGAUGCGAAAGCGUAUAAAAAUGGAAUUAUGGUUUGAAAUUUCCUACCUCAAUAAAAAGCAAAAAUUGGUUGUAGACGGGCGGCCCCAAAGCGAGCCCCUUGCUACCGGUAUCUGCUGUGUCAAGACUAAUCACAGAUUUCAGCAGUCAAGUUGACAGCCUGGUGCUUUGAGUCUGCUGAGAAAGCAGAAACUCGAUGGCGACGCGAGGAGCCUGCUGAAGAUGUGGACCUAGCACUCAUCUCAUCUUCAUCUGGCAAAUCCAGAUCGGGAUAAUUCGAUCGCAACAAAUCAGCCUUUGCGCUUGCGCCCCACUGAGUGUAGUCACUAAUUGCUGACUCAAUUCGAAACUUUGCGGUUACCUUGUCAAAAGCCAUUGUAUAGACACCCAACCGCUCUGCAGCAAGGGCAGAAUCUUGACGGAAACCACUCCUUGCAGCACUGCGGAUUGCAUCACCAUACAAGCCCACCACUUCUUUGGGAUCCGAUCCAGGUGACACUGAUGCAACUUCAGCUUGCAGAAUUUUGUACAUGUGAAUUGCAUUGAUCAGGCCAUUCUCAGCGUAUAGCUUCAGCAUAUCCAGUUGCUUCAUUGCCCGCUUGAAGUAAAAGGUGGCCUCCUUGCGCUUGGUGAACCAACCACAGCAAGCGGUGGACUUGCUAGCAUUCAGUAAGCGGUAUUUUGCCACAUAUGCCAAACCGCGAAAGUAGGGAUGUGAGACAGACCAAACCAAGGGCCAAUCCAAGCCACCAAAGUCUUCAUGUCUCACUGCCAUGUCCACUGCUGUUUCAAAGUCUUCAAAAUAGUAUGAUAGCAUCAACUGAGCAAACCAUGCUACAUUCACUGGAAACUCAUCUGGGGUUUUGCCUUGCAUGAUGAGCUCCAUACGGUACUCCUUUGUGGCUUCUCCCUUGAGUAUUGUCAAAGACGAACCAUCAGCUUUGCCCAUGAGGUUCAGUGCACAUUGAAGUUUCAAACACAGGUAAUGGAGUCCCCGCCAGGAACUGUGUUAGCAUGAAACAUCCAGCAUCUGUCAUGGCCCACUCAAUGGCACCCGUUUUCAUGCCUGAAGUGUAGCCUUUGAGGAAUCCAUCAGCCACACGGGGCAAGGGCCAAAACAUGUGCCCAGAACAGGCAUUCCCAGCAGCCAUGGUUCCCGCUUCUACCUCAUGUCCAGUAAAGCGUUGCACAAUUUCAGGAUGCGACCAUAGACCAUGUAGACGCUUUGCCAAAUCAAAGUGAUUCAUGACUACACAAGAGAUGGCUUGGAGGGCAAAUGACUGUCCGGUGUACUCACUAAGACCAAGCCUCAAGGUGCGCAAGGUCAUGUUGCAGCAAAUGAAGGUGUGAUCCAGGGGUCUAUUUGCGUGCCAGACAAACAACGCACUAGCCGAGCAAAUGUUCCAGAUCAAUGCUGAGACAUCAUCGAUGGCUUCUUCUUCCAUUCUCAAGAUUUCUUGAUCAGUCACCUUGGACAGCUCGCUCAGCAUUUUCUCAAAAGCCAUCCCAACAUCUUCAGGGGUAGCCCCAGUCAUGGGGAUGACAAAACCAGCUUCAUUGAGCACCUCAAAUGCAAUAUCAGCGCUCUCUGCAUACCUUGCCUCAGAUCCAAGCGAUUUCAUUGCAAUAUAAGAUGCCUUCCAAGAGUCCUCUUGAGACUUCCUGUAACCUCUGACUUUCUGAUAGAGUUUUAAGCACUCCUUGGCAUCACCACAACAGUAUGCCAUUUCACAGGCAUACGUGAAGACCUCAAGUGCCAAAUCAUAGUACCGGUCCCAAAGCAAACGGUGGUUGAUCAAGGAUUGCGCCUGGCACAUGUAAUCAGCUGCAGGGAAGAAGGCACUCUGGGAAGCGGCAAUCCUGGCAGCACCUAAGUUGGCUCGGAUCAGUUCCAGCCUCUUUUUGUGGCAACUGAUGGAGUCAACUUCCAUGUUGAGCAAGUCAACACCGCUCAACACGACCCAAGUCUUCUUGCGUGCUUUGUUCUUUGCCUUGGUCACAGCAGAUACAGUCACCUGUGGAUUCACAAGCUCUUGCUGAGGCAGUUGCAACUUGGAUUCCUUCUCAUGCUGACGCUGGAUCCGGUUGUUGAGUUCCAGAAGAAGAGUUCCGAGCCUUAUCCUGAGCUCACUCUUCUGUUUUUCAUUGGAGACCAAGGCUGCCGCGGAACUUUGUAUUUUAUCAUGCAAAAAACGAUACCAGCUUCCACUAGAGAAGUUGUCCAUGGCCACGAUGAACCCUUCUUGGAUUGGAAGUUUCAAAAAUGCUAGGGAAUCAUCAUCCUUCUCCCCCUCAUCCUCCUUGGCCUCCCCUGGGUCAAAGUGCAAAAUUCUACUAGCAGAAAGGUCUUUGUCCAAAUUUCCCUCAGUGUGAUCCUGCCAUUGUUUGAGAAUAUAACCAACCAUCAUAGCGUCAAAUCGGUUUCCCAACUGGGAAGCAAUGAUAAGGGCCAAUGCUGUAUCUGGCGGGAGCCUGCGCAGUCUGGUCACAAGCAGAUCAGUUACAUUCGCAGUAGCAUUUGUCUGUUCAAGAAGUUUUAUUUCAUCCCAUCCCCACUUCAUGGUGACAAAGCUAAAUUGAAGUAUCUCUGUGGUGACAAGCAUUUCUAAGAACUGAAGCACAAAGAAUAUGUUGCCAUGGGUACGUUCAUGCAUUUUUUUGGAUAGUUGCAGCGUCACAUCUGGUGUUUCUUCAUACUUGAGCAAACUGGCAAUGAAGAGAUUCAAACUCUGAUGUGUCAAGUCAGAAACAUGGAUUUUGGACGCGUUUGACAUUUUCUCCAGUGUAGAAACAGGCUCGUAAAGGGGGUGCCCCGAUGUGAGCUCAUUGUCUCGGUAGGCGCCAACAAGCAGCAGCUUGACUUUGCUGGUACAUUCUUCCACCGGUUUCAAGAGUCCCCUGAGUAUGUCAAUGCUGGCAGCAUCAGACCAUUGAAUGUCAUCAAGAAAGAGUACAAUAGGAAUGUUUUGUGCCACCGAGGCAAGAAAGUUGAUGAGGGCUGUUUUGAGCCGAUCGAAUUGGAACGUUCCCGGGACCACUGCCCCCCCUGCAGCAGCUUGCAGUGCUGGUAGUAGAGUGCCCAGUUCGGGAAUGAGUUCACUGAGCAGGAGGAAGUCGUUGACUAGUGUUUCCUCCAACUCUUCAAUGGCCUUUUCUCGCUUGGAUUUUAAAUCAGUUUCUCUGUGUGCAUUUUUCUCUCUUGUCAACAAUUGCACACACAGGUCAUGACAAGCAUCAGUCAGUGCCGCAUAUGGCCUUGAAGAGCGCUGCUGGUCGUACUUGCCAUAAACGAAGUAGCCCGUUUCGGGCAUAUUGUGUUGAAGUGCAUGAGUGAUCAGCAUGGACUUGCCACUACCAGAAUAUCCGUGCAGAAAGACAGCAAAGGCAUUGUUCACACUCGGCUCUGACACUGCCUUUUCAAAGAUGGCAUGGAGCUGCUGCACUUCCUCGUCUCGGCCAAACAACUUUCCUUCAUGCCGCUUCAGUGACUGCAGAAAAAUUUCCGUGUUCAUGGCUCUGCCUACUUCUCUGCCGUAAUAGUGUCAAGACGAGAUACCACAACAGUGCCAUGCAGCGUUUGCUUGUUGCGGAACUGUGUGCUUUGAUGAUGAUGAUGAUGAUGGGGUGAUGAUCACUUUUUGACUUCUUUUCGUGAAAAAAGCUGCUUCAUUUUUGUCUCGUGCUCGAGUGCAAAUUCCGGGCUUGCCGUACAUUACCUACUAGUAACCGGUACGGUACCUUUCCAACAUGUAUACCAGUAUCAGGAAGGCUCCAGGUUUACGGUUGAAGUCGGCUUAAAGCUUUCAAAGUCACGGUAGACGCGAAAGUCGCGGAAGUCGUGAAAGUCGCGCACCGCG